AUGUCCGCCAACGAUUACUACCAGCACGGCCCGCCUCAGGGCGGCGGCUACGGUCCCCAGUACCCCCAACAGUCCUACGGCCCUCCUCCCCCACAAGGAUACUACCCCCCGCAAGGCGGCCCACCCCCGAUGCAGUACCAACAACAAGCUCCUCCUCCUCAGAAGGACAGCGGCGGCGGCGGAUGUCUGAAGGGCUUCUUCGCAGCACUGUGCUGUUGCUGCCUCUGCGAAUCAUGUUGCGAUUGCGCCGAACUGUGCUGCUGA